AUGCGAAAGGUAGAUGGAAAGCUCACUCCGCUGGGGACCAUUGCAGUGACCUUCGCUGCGACAGCGCUGCCGCAGCACGCCUACAUACAGAUGUUCAGAUACCCGGUCCACAUAUACAUCCCUCCAUUACUACAGUGCUACAAAUGCCUGAAGUUUAAUCACUCUGCGAAAGUCUGCCGAGGUUCUCAAAUGUGUUCUUCGUGCUCCGGACAACACUCCUACAAAGAAUGCGACGUCGAAAAAAUUGUGUGCAUCAACUGUCAAGGUGGUCACUUAGCCAUCUCUAGGGACUGUCCAGUGAAGCAACAAAAGAUGGAAGAGAAGAAGAAUAAGUAUUUAAAACCAAACCGAUCCUACGCCGCUGUGGUGAGUAUCCCAGCAAUGCCCGACCCGAGAGCAUUCCCAAACCUUAAACCUGUAAAGACUAUUGAUACUGACAUAAAUAAAGUACCAUAUAAUGCUGAGCAAAUACUAAACAACGAGUUAAUUAUUAAUGCGCUAGUCAAAUCAUUAGUUAUGCUUGGCAAUGACAAGAGCAGCGCUCCGAUUACAAAUAAAAGAAUUAAAGACAUACUUUUAAGUAAUUUAAUACCAUAA